UUGCAGGGAUCGAACUGGCCUUCCGUACUUCAAGACAGCUUCAAUUCUAAGGGCGGGUCCUUCGUUUCAGCAUAAAAAAAAAGGGAAAGAUUUUUUCGGCCUCGAAGGUUUAAUUUUGGUUUUUCUUUAGGGACGUGCGAAAUGAUUGGGAAAGUUGAAGGUAGGAUUUAGAAUACGACGAUGUUUCUCGGUACCUUCUGUACCUAUUCCAAUGAUAGAGAAGAACAGCCAGAUUACAUACACACAUACCAAAAUGAUUUCUCAUAUCGCAAACACAAGAAGCAGAAGGAGGAAGAUAUUGCUAUAUGCGAAUGCAAAUAUGAUAUAAGCCAACCUGAAAGUGCAUGUGGUGAGACUUGCUUGAACGUACUUACCAGCACUGAAUGCACUCCUGGCUUUUGCCUUUGUGGUUAUUAUUGCAAGAAUCAGAGAUUUCAGAAAUGUGAAUAUGCCAAGACAAAGUUGUUCAAAACCGAAAACCGUGGAUGGGGUCUUUUAGCUGAUGAGGAUAUAAAGAAAGGACAAUUUGUUAUUGAGUACUGCGGAGAAGUCAUAUCAUGGAAGGAAGCAAAGAGAAGAUCACAAGCUUAUGAAAUUCAAGGUGUCAGGGAUGCGUUUAUAAUCUCUCUUAAUGCCUCUGAAACUAUUGAUGCCACUAGAAAAGGAAGCCUUGCGAGGUUUAUAAAUCAUUCAUGCCAACCGAACUGUGAAACAAGGAAGUGGAAUGUCUUGGGGGAAGUAAGAGUUGGAAUAUUUGCUAGGCAAGACAUAGCCAUCGGAACUGAACUGGCAUACAACUACAAUUUUGAAUGGUAUGGUGGUGCCAAGGUCCGCUGCCUUUGUGGUGCAGCUAGCUGUUCUGGGUUUCUUGGGGCAAAAUCUCGCGGAUUUCAGGAGGAUACUUACCUAUGGGAAGAUGAUGAUGACAGAUAUUCAGUUGAGAAGAUUCCACUAUAUGAUUCUGCAGAGGAUGAGCCUUCUAAGCUCUUAAAUACCAUGAUUAUUAAUUCCUCAAGCUCUGAAUAUAAUGUUGGCGGGAUGACAGGUGUUAAAGUUGAUUCCGAGAAUCAAUUCUUGUCCACUUCUUUUGUUGUUCAGUCACUUGAUUCGGUUCCAAUGGAUGUGGUUAAUGAAACAAAAGCCGAGGUGAAUGAGGAGAGUAAACUGUGUUCACAAGAUACCGAAGAGGCCUUUUUGCACAAGAAUGGUAUGAUAUCUCGUAUCCAAAGUAGUAACGUGUCCCAAAAGUAUCAGAUUGGACCGAAGUCCGUGCCAAAGAAAAGGUCGAAAAAAUAUCCAAAUGGAAGGACGAAGAAUUUGGCACAAAAGCAAGUAGAUGCAAAGGCUGUUGCUCUGUUGUUACCAACAAAGGAAGCGCAAGAGGAAGUUUUAAAAUACGAGGAAAUGAAAAAUGAUGUGACCUCCCAGCUUGAAUCUUUAUACGACGAGAUACGACCGGCCAUUGAAGAACAUGAAAGGGACAACCAAGACAGUGUGGCUACCAGUGUAGCGGAGAAGUGGAUUGAAGCCUCCUGCAUGAAAUUGAAGGCAGAGUUUGACCUUUAUUUUUCCAUUGUCAAAAACUUUGCUAACACUCCUCCACGGGCAUAUGGCCAGGCAAAACCUUUUGAGGUUGAUAAUCAGACUGAAAUAAACUACUUGACAAACUGAUUUUUCUUUCAAAUGCACUCAAAUCAUUUCGAAAUCGAAGUUUUCCAUCAAGUUUAGAAGAACUUCCCAUUUCGCUUGCCAUGGCUUCUGGAAAUUCUGCACAUGGAAACUGGAUCUUGAACUGUCACUUUUAAGCUACCACAUAUAGCUGUUUGUGCCAUUAAAUCAUCCAAUUGUACAUCCUCGAAGAAAGGCAAUUGAAAGAACUGAGAUUUUUUAGAAA